AUGGAGUUCCUAACAGCGGUGCUUGCUUUUGCAGGUCUGUUGUCAGGCAUAGAUAUCGGCGUCAACAGCGCACCCAAGACACACUUGACGCAGCGCGCGUUACCCAAUGCGCCUGAUGGUUACACCCCAUCUACGGUUACCUGUUCCGCAAGUCGUCCGACAGUGCGUAGUGCGACGACGCUCUCGUCGAACGAGUCGUCAUGGCUCGACACCCGGCGGAACAAGACCCUGUCGGCGAUGAGGGACUUUUUUGGACAUGUCAACAUCACAAACUUCGAUGCGGUUGAAUACCUCGACCGCGUUUCUAGCAACACGUCGAAUCUUCCUAAUAUCGGCAUUGCCUUCUCCGGUGGAGGGUAUCGGGCGCUGAUGAAUGGAGCUGGAGCUAUCAAGGCUUUCGAUAGCCGUACGGAGAAUUCCACCAACAGCGGCCAGUUGGGUGGGCUGUUGCAAUCGGCAACAUACCUGGCUGGCCUGAGCGGUGGGGGAUGGCUAGUGGGAUCCAUUUAUAUGAACAACUUCUCCACCGUCUCGUCGCUUCAGACCCCAGAGGAGGGGGGUGUUUGGCAGUUCCAGAACUCUAUCUUUGAAGGCCCCGAGGGAGAUAGCAUUCAGAUCGUGGACUCUGCAAACUACUACAAGGACAUCUAUGACGCCGUGUCUGGCAAGGAAGAUGCAGGGUAUAAGACGUCUAUUACGGAUUACUGGGGCCGUGCUCUUUCAUACCAGCUCAUCAACGCUUCUGCAGGCGGCAUCGACUACACCUGGUCAUCCAUUGCGCUGACCGACUCAUUCCAGCAGGCAGAUAUGCCGAUGCCUGUGCUGGUUGCAGAUGGUCGAUACCCCGAUGAGCUGCUGGUCAGCAGCAACGCCACGGUUUACGAGUUCAAUCCCUGGGAAUUUGGCACCUUUGACCCGACCGUGUACGGCUUCGUUCCCCUCCAGUAUCUGGGGUCCCGGUUUGUGGCAGGGUCUCUUCCGAGCAACGAGAGCUGCGUUCGAGGCUUCGACAAUGCCGGGUUUGUCAUGGGGACAUCAUCAUCAUUGUUCAACCAGUUCCUCUUACAGAUCAACUCCACCAGCCUUCCUGACUUCCUAAAGAAUGCAUUCACGGAUAUCCUGGAAGAGAUCGGAGAGGACGACGAAGAUAUUGCAGUCUACGCGCCGAAUCCCUUCUACCUCUGGGCGAAUUCCACAUCACCAUCUGCCGAUGAGACAGAACUGGACCUUGUGGACGGCGGAGAGGACCUCCAGAACAUCCCUCUGCACCCGCUGAUCCAGCCAGAGCGCCACGUGGAUGUCAUCUUCGCGAUAGAUUCCUCCGCUGACACCACCUACAACUGGCCGAACGGCACCUCCUUGGUCGCGACGUACGAGCGCAGCCAAAACACGACUGGAAUCGCCAAUGGGACCGCAUUCCCCGUUAUCCCCGACCAAAACACCUUCGUCAACGAAGGCCUCAACACGCGACCCACAUUUUUUGGAUGCGACGCGUCCAACACCACCGGAACUGCACCCCUGAUUGUUUACAUCCCCAACUUCCCGUACGUGGCUUACUCCAACGUGUCUACGUUUGAUCCCAGAUACCCCGAGUCCGAGAGAGACAGCAUCAUCCUCAACGGAUAUAAUGUGGCGACGAUGGGCAACGGCAGUCGCGAUAGUGACUGGUCAGCCUGCGUGGGCUGUGCCAUUCUCAGUCGGUCCUUCGAACGUACCAACACCGAGGUACCGGAUCUCUGCACCCAGUGUUUCCAGAGAUAUUGCUGGAACGGGACAACUAAUACUGCCACCCCAGAGACCUAUGAGCCGACGACUCUCUAUGAUAAUGGGGGCUAUGGUGUACUCCCCACUGUUCUUGCGAGUGUGCUUGCCGCUGCCGUGACUGUUUCUGCCCUGUUGUAA